AUGGCAAGGACUCAUUGGUUUCUAUGCCUGGUGGCAUGUCUCGUCGCCCUCCUGUCACCUACUAGCGCAGUAGAAAUCAACGAGAUCUUCACUGUUCAAGGCACCGCUGCUAAUGGUGGGUGCGAUAAUCGGAUGGCCACACUGAAAGAUUGGCGUCAGGAAUGUGAAGUCUCAAUCAAGAAGGCAUUGGAGGCCAUAGGCCGAUAUGCCGAAACAAAAGGGCAAGCAGGUGAACAAGGCGAUCAAGGGGCUCUUAGCUCUAGGGCUUUGAUGAUUCAAGAUGCCAUGACAACUUGGUUCAGUGUCAAACUGAGAAGCAAAGGCGAUGCUGCGGCUGUCAAACAAGUCAAACAAGAAAUUCAAUGGGUCCAUGAUUUUUUCACCCGGAAAACAUUGGCGGAUGGAACUUCCGAGUACCCUCGGAGCCAUCACUGGUUACACUGUGACAGCACCUUUCUCGAUUCGCGGAAUCCUGGAGACGGUGCACAGGCCUUUGAUGGUACAGACAUUAAAGAUGACAAUGGCAACCCCGUCGCCAUUAGUGCUAUACCCGGAUACUUAAAGCGACUGAGGGAAGGAAACGCAUGGUGGGGAGGGAACCACGCAACACCGCGAGGCUACUAUUUCUCAGACGAGGGCGGCCUCUAUUGCUCGGGGACAGGCCUCGGUCUAACCGCCGGCAUCCAACCACUCAAGCGAGGCGCCGAUGGCAAGGCUGAAGUGGACCUCGAGAUUCAAAGCGUCAUUCUUUGCCCUUCUUCCUUUGACACCAGCCCGAGGCCGAACAGCUACAGAGAAGCGAGCAACUUGCUUCAAGCUGGGACGAAUCUUGCCGAAGCCGUGCCCAAGAGUGCUACCCUCCUUCACGAGGUUUUUCAUGCCCUACGCGGAGGUUACUUCUUAGCAGGCAAGGUGGAACAAGUCGACCUCGGCCAAUGCAUCAGCUUUAACGCCCAAAAGAAACGCACAAACCCUGAAAAUUACGUCUUCUUCUUUGCCCACAUGACUCACUUGUUUGGUGUGGCCGAUGGCAGCCAGCCUUGGUCAAUCCCAAAUAACUGGGACUUUGAGAUUCAGGGGCCUGACCGAAUCUUUGGGGCCAAGCAACCCAGUACCUAA